CCUCUGCGCAGAAGCUCGUCUGCUUUAUGGAGGCCGGAUGCGCUGUCUCGAGCAUACAUAUCCAGCCUGAUUGGACCUUCUGCACGAUGUCUUCGUUCAAUCGUUCUCUCAGCCCGAGGAUCCCGACUAAACGGAGCGUACUCUCACCGCGUACGCGAUCACUGCCUACGAUCGAUGCGUCUGCUGAAAUUCGACAAUCAAGGCUCUCUCAGAGUGACCGAGGAUCUCCACGCCAAAUUUCCACCUUACGUGAUUCUCUCGCAUACCUGGGGAAAGGAAAAAGAUGAGGUCAGUUUUGACGAUCUCCAAAAUGAAUUAUGGAAGAGCAAGGCUGGCCAUGUCAAGAUUCGGUUUUGCGCACAACAGGCACAAAAAAAUGGAUUGAAACAUUUCUGGAUCGACACCUGCUGCAUAAACAAGCAGAGUAGUGCCGAGCUUAGUGAGGCGAUCAAUUCGAUGUACAACUGGUAUCAAGGUGCGAGGCUUUGCUGUGUUUAUCUCAACGAUGUGGAGAAGACAAACUGGAAGAGAUCACUUCCGAAGAGCAGAUGGUUCAAACGUGGAUGGACUCUACAGGAGCUACUCGCCCCACGCAGAGUGACUUUCUACGAUCGACUCUGGCGACGUCUGGGUAGUAAAUCUGCUCUAGCUAGACGGAUUGCUUCAAUCACCCGUAUACCUACAGCAGCGCUCAUCUCAGGGGAUUUCACCAAAUAUUCCGUUGCUCAGAGGAUGUCUUGGUCUGCUGGAAGAGCCACAACCCGUACUGAAGACGGCGCAUACUGCUUACUCGGUCUCUUUGAUGUCAACAUGCCACUUCUCUAUGGAGAGGGACAGCGAGCAUUCGUUCGACUUCAGGAAGAAAUCAUCAAAUAUAACGAUGACCAUUCUAUCUUUGCUUGGUCUAUGCAGGAUCUUAAGUUCUCCGGUCUACUUGCUCCCAGUCCAGCCUACUUCUCCAGAUGUCAUUCUCUAGCGUCAGGGGAGUCUUUUAAAGGCCGUGAACCUUUUGCAAUGACGAAUCGUGGCCUCUCAAUCGGGUUGGAAAUCACUCCGUGGGCAGCUGAUACGUAUCUAGCAUAUAUUGAUAGUACUGAUCAACUUAUGGACCAACGCCCUGCUGCUAUGGGUAUCUUUCUUCGACGCCUUUCCCAAGAUGACCAAUACAUAAGAGUUAAUAUAAACCAGAACGGGCUCUGGCGUGGUAGCCGGACAGCGCAUAAAAGUCAAAAUCGACCGACCGAGGAGAGACGACUUUACAUACGCCAGAGUGUGAGCAAUGAAAGAGAGCAAGAGCACCUCAACAAAAAGAGCUACGGAUUCAGCCUUACACCUCGCCGGCUGCCUAUAUCCACUGUGCUUUAUCCACGGAAUCCUUCAGGAGAACCAUAUUCCGCAAUCUUGCACCCAGGUCAAUGGGGUCCUGUUUUGGUUCUAGAAUUUCAGCCCGAGAGCGGCAGUCUGCGACAAGCUGCCUUAGGAUUCGACUUCGACUUUAAUCCUGUAUGCCUUCUCAGAGACUUCUGGGCGAGUGACGAGGAUCCAGACUUUGUGCGGGAUCCAUCCGGUGAAUGGUCGCACUUGUUUAUGGAUCCAUUGGGUCGUGAAGAAAUCUUUGAAGGUAGCAAGAUCUAUCGACGAGCCGAUCAUCACGGAAUCUGGAUUCUAGCGGGUCACCGAUUAUGGGGCCUGGAUGUCUGCUCAACGGAGGGACUGUUAGAUAUAAACGGUUUGGGUGUUACCCUCAAGCGCGAUGUAUCAAGAACGCGGCCGCACUGGGACUUUUGUAUGGACAACUUCAACGGUUCUUUCCGCAGGCGUUGAAGUCAGUCGUCUCCCUCGUCAUCCGAACUGGAGAGAUACAUACCUCCACCACCUUCCUUUGUUUCAUUCUCGAAUCAAGUUGAUUUUCUCAGUGGCUGUUGGCUUGGCAUGUCACAAAGUUUCUUCGUAUAGCGACAAAUCCACGUGGGUCGGCGACGGAGAAUCACCACCCACACUUGCAAAAUUUUUAAAAAUUUGUCCAGAAACCUUUU